AUUAGUUAGUAAUAAUACUAAUAUCUCGUUAGUUACGGGUUGUCUAUGUAUGUUUUAUAUCAAUUCAUCGAUGUAGGUUUAGUAUCAUUUACUGCUUAAUUUCAUUAUUGUUGUAAGCUGCAGUUUAACUGUAGUCCAUAACCGCAUAGCAGGCACACUGUGAUAGUUUCGAAAAACUUUAAAGUGUUUAAAGUGUACAAAAGUUAUUUAAAAAACUAACACCAAUAAAAAAAACAAAAUUUGUCGUCAUAACUACAUCUAAAGGACUUUCUGCUCAAAUAGAUAUUACUUGAUUUUUAACAAUUGGUAAAUCUUUUCGCUAAAACUAUAUCGAUUAUUUGCACACUCAUACCAUAAAUCUCUGUUACUCGAAUUUACUGCCGAAAUAGAUUUUCUUAAGUGUGCCAUCGCGAUGGCUGCUCCAGCAGCCUGUACGCGUUUCUCAGAUAAUUAUGAAAUUAAAGAGGAGCUCGGAAAGGGAGCUUUCUCGAUAGUAAAAAGAUGUGUUCAAAAGUCAACAGGUUUUGAGUUUGCAGCAAAAAUAAUAAAUACUAAAAAAUUAACAGCGCGAGAUUUUCAGAAAUUAGAAAGAGAAGCCAGGAUUUGUCGAAAAUUGCAUCAUCCAAAUAUAGUACGACUCCAUGAUAGCAUACAAGAAGAAAAUUAUCAUUACUUGGUUUUCGAUCUUGUUACUGGUGGUGAGCUAUUUGAAGAUAUUGUUGCUCGCGAAUUCUAUUCAGAAGCGGAUGCAUCACAUUGUAUUCAACAAAUAUUGGAAUCAGUUAAUCACUGCCACCAAAAUGGUGUGGUGCAUCGUGAUCUGAAACCUGAGAAUUUACUCUUAGCAAGUAAGGCAAAGGGUGCAGCUGUGAAACUCGCUGACUUUGGUUUAGCCAUUGAAGUUCAGGGAGAUCAUCAAGCAUGGUUUGGAUUUGCUGGAACACCAGGUUAUCUGUCACCAGAAGUUUUGAAAAAAGAGCCAUAUGGGAAAUCUGUAGAUAUAUGGGCAUGUGGUGUUAUUCUGUAUAUUUUACUUGUUGGAUAUCCACCUUUUUGGGAUGAAGACCAGCAUCGAUUAUACUCACAGAUAAAAGCUGGCGCUUAUGAUUAUCCAUCGCCUGAAUGGGACACUGUCACACCAGAGGCCAAAAAUCUUAUAAAUCAAAUGUUAACUGUUAAUCCAAAUAAGAGAAUAACUGCGGCGGAGGCACUUAAGCAUCCCUGGAUUUGUCAAAGAGAAAGGGUCGCAUCGGUGGUGCAUCGUCAAGAAACUGUUGAUUGCCUCAAGAAAUUCAAUGCUCGUCGUAAACUCAAAGGAGCUAUUCUUACUACAAUGUUGGCCACUAGAAACUUUUCUAGUAGAAGCAUGAUUACUAAAAAGGGUGAAGGAUCUCAAGUUAAAGAAUCGACUGACUCUUCUAGCACUACAAUUGAAGAUGAUGAUGUAAAAGAAGAUAAAAAGGGAAUUGUUGAUCGAAGCACAACUGUCAUAUCAAAAGAGCCUGAAGAGAUUCGGAUAGUGUGCCCAGCGAAGACAUGUCAACAAUUGUCAUCGAACUCGCAAUGCUCUGCCGCAGCAGCAAGACGACAAGAAAUUAUAAAAAUUACUGAACAACUUAUCGAGGCUAUUAAUAGUGGAGAUUUUGAUGCAUAUACUAAAAUAUGUGAUCCCCAUUUAACUGCAUUUGAACCUGAAGCAUUGGGAAACCUAGUUGAGGGGAUUGAUUUCCAUAAAUUUUAUUUUGAAAAUGUACUUGGGAAAAACUGUAAAGCCAUCAAUACCACAAUAUUGAAUCCACAUGUACACUUGCUUGGAGAUGAUGCUGCAUGUAUUGCAUAUGUACGUCUAACACAAUAUAUCGAUAAGCAAGGUCAUGCACAUACACACCAGUCAGAAGAAACUCGAGUUUGGCAUAAGCGGGACAACAAAUGGCAAAAUGUUCAUUUCCAUAGAAGCGCAUCUGCCAAAAUAAGUGGAGCAACGACAUUUGAUUUUAUACUUCAAAAGUGAAAGUAGGUGCCAUCAUUUGACUACAAGGAGCGGAAAUGCAGUCAAUAAUGUUAGUGGAUACAGCUAUUAACAAAGUUUAUACAAAAAAGCACAAUUUCAAAUAAAUAUUGAACUAGCUAAAAAGUUAAGCAUUCAAACUACAUAUUUGCAAAAAGAUUUCAAUUUAUUUAAAUAUCGUAAUAGUGAAUUAUUGAAAAGUACUAUUAAUCAUAACACUAAAAAUCAUCAUUCGUUAAACAUAUAAAAAUA